AUGGCUUUCUACAGCGCAGGCCCACUCUCUCCAGGCUACAACACCACCUCGGCCUGGGGAGGCAACGACAAUGCCGAAGAGGAUCCGUGGGGUGCCAAUGGCGCCUCUUCAUCCUCUGCAGCCGCUCCUGCUGCUCCCUCAGCAACCUCUGGCGGCUUCGCAGACACGUCUCCCGGCGGCAACGGCUUCGCCUCCUAUUCCGCGCAACAUCAGCAGCAUAGGCAGCAGCAGGGAUACUUUGGAGGCGGCAACGGAGCCGAAGCAGAUGCAUACGCAGGCGGGUCGAUGGACAACGGCUUCGGCGCGGGACGGGCUGGUUUAGAGCGUGCCGACUCUGGUGGAUUCGCUUCCGCUUCUGGUGCGUCGGGCCAGUUCGGGGCGGCGACCCAAUCGCAUCUGCCAAACGCACCCUCAUCCAGCACGCAUGGGUCUGCGAUCAGCACCGCAGAUCAGCCACCUUCGCAACAGCCACAAGCACCAACCUCGCCCACCGCAGCAGCUCGUGCUCAACCACAACAGCCGCCGCAAACGGGAGCCUUCCCAUCGGGCGUCAGUUCUCAGUACCAACCCACCUCCUCCGUCACGGGAGCUUCGCGCUUCCAAUCCCACACGCCCUCCACGCUCCUCCCGCACGAACCGGCCGGCUUCUCCUCGCACACGUCCACCGACUACGGCGCGGCCCCUCGCCAGCUUGCUCCUGGCUACCCUCUCCCCGCUUCGAACUACACCAUCCCCGCCUACUCGCCCUUUGCCCGUGUCGACUCGCUCUCCACCCCGCGUCGCGAGACCGUCGAAGACAUGUACGGCGUCCCCGAGAAUUUCUUGGAAGUCGAAGUGCGCAAUCCCCUCACCCACGGUGUAGGUCGCAAGAUGUAUACGGAUUACGAGAUCGUCACGCGCACCAACAUCCCAGCGUUCAAGCUGAGGUACAGUGCGGUGAGGAGGAGGUACAGCGAUUUCGAGUACUUUAGGGAUAUUUUGGAGAGGGAGAGUACCAGAGUCAACAUCCCGCCCCUGCCAGGGAAGGUGUUUACGAAUAGGUUCACGGACGAGGUGAUCGAAGGGAGGAGGGAGGGACUGGAGAGGUUCUUGCAGGUGGUAGCGGGUCAUCCGUUGUUGCAGACGGGGAGCAAGGUCAUGGCUGCUUUCUUGCAGGAUGCGGGCUGGAGCAAGGAUCAGUGGUUGUAG